CCCCGCCCUCCGAAGUUUGCUUCCCUCCUCUUCCGGGGUGGGGGAAGUGCGCCUCGGGGCGGCUGGCCGCCGGGGCCCUAACUCGGAGUGUGGUGCGGGCCGGGCCUGAGCAGGUUGUUGGAGGCAGAUUUAGUGGGGUCUUGGAACAGCCCGGAAAUCCAGCUUUUUGUAGCGCGGAGCGAGACUGUUGGGACCUGCCCAGCAAUAUGGAGCCGGCUAGAGAGAGGGAGCAUGCAAGCCCGAGCUGAAAGAUCGUGGGGAAUUGUCUGGAAACCACAGCUCUCACACUCACUUCCCAAGGCCAGAAACUGCCCCACACAUCACAAGACAAAGAGAACAGGAAAGCUCAGGCCAAGCGCUCCAGUGCAGAAAUAUACUUUGGUAACCGGAAUUCGAGCUUGAAAUGUGCGGCUUGUGUGUGGCGUGCCACGGUCAAAUCAGAUGACAGAUGGACAGUGUGACAAGAGUGUCUGAAAGGAUCGGGCCUCGCCAGGGGAGUCAGCCUGGAGUCAGCGUGUUGACAAGUCGUUGAAAAGAAAGCCAGUGGGAGGACUGUGGCCGAAGAGGAAGUGAACCCUGACUUCAGUCACACCCUUGAUGGAGGACAGAUGGACGGCCGGAUGGCCAAUCACCGCUCCUCGUAAACCUUUGAAGAGUUAUCCUUUGUCCUCUGCUGGACGAGCAUUAGGAAACUUCACACACUCUCUGAAUUCACUUUCCAUAGAAAGGCAGAGUUAGACUGCAGCGUGCCCCUAGCCCAGCUGUCGCAUGGUCGCAGGUCUGCAGCCAUGAGUGCUGAGGGCUACCAGUACAGGGCGCUGUACGACUAUAAAAAGGAGCGUGAAGAAGACAUCGACUUGCACUUGGGGGACAUACUGACUGUGAAUAAAGGGUCCUUAGUAGCCCUUGGAUUCAGUGAUGGACAGGAAGCCAGACCUGAAGAAAUCGGCUGGUUAAAUGGCUAUAAUGAGACCACAGGGGAGAGGGGGGACUUUCCAGGCACUUACGUAGAAUAUAUUGGAAGGAAAAAGAUCUCACCUCCCACACCAAAGCCCCGGCCCCCUCGACCCCUUCCUGUUGCGCCAGGUUCUUCAAAAACUGAAGCAGACAGUGAGCACCAAGCUUCAACUCUCCCAGACCUGGCAGAGCAGUUUGCCCCUCCUGAUGUCGCCCCGCCUCUUCUCAUCAAGCUAGUGGAAGCCAUUGAAAAGAAAGGUCUGGAAUGUCCAACUCUAUAUAGAACACAGAGCUCCAGCAACGCAGCAGAAUUACGACAGCUUCUUGAUUGUGAUGCCACCUCCGUGGACUUGGAAAUGAUUGAUGUGCACGUUUUAGCCGACGCUUUCAAACGCUAUCUCCUGGACUUACCAAAUCCUGUCAUUCCGGUGGCUGUUUACAGUGAAAUGAUUUCUUUAGCCCCAGAAGUGCAAAGCUCGGAAGAAUACAUCCAGCUGUUGAAGAAGCUCAUUCGAUCACCUAACAUACCUCAUCAGUAUUGGCUCACACUUCAGUAUUUGCUAAAACAUUUCUUCAAGCUCUCUCAGACAUCCAGCAAAAACCUUUUGAGUGCAAGAGUGCUGUCUGAACUUUUCAGCCCUCUGCUUUUCAGAUUCCCAGCAGCCAGCUCUGAGAAUACUGAACACCUCAUAAAAGUCAUAGAAAUUUUAAUCUCUACCGAAUGGAAUGAACGCCAGCCUGCACCAGCACUGCCUCCUAAACCACCAAAACCCACUACUGUAGCCAACAACGGUAUGAAUAACAAUAUGUCCUUACAAGAUGCUGAAUGGUACUGGGGAGAUAUCUCGAGGGAAGAAGUGAAUGAAAAACUUCGAGAUACAGCUGACGGGACCUUUUUGGUACGAGACGCAUCUACUAAAAUGCAUGGUGACUACACUCUUACACUAAGGAAAGGAGGAAAUAACAAAUUAAUCAAAAUAUUUCACCGAGAUGGGAAAUACGGCUUCUCUGACCCAUUAACCUUCAACUCUGUGGUUGAACUAAUAAACCACUACCGGAAUGAAUCUCUAGCUCAGUAUAAUCCCAAACUGGAUGUGAAAUUAUUGUAUCCCGUAUCCAAAUACCAACAGGAUCAGGUUGUCAAAGAAGAUAAUAUUGAAGCUGUGGGGAAAAAAUUACAUGAAUAUAACACUCAAUUUCAAGAAAAAAGUCGAGAAUAUGAUAGAUUAUAUGAAGAUUAUACCCGUACUUCCCAGGAAAUCCAAAUGAAAAGAACAGCUAUUGAAGCAUUUAAUGAAACCAUAAAAAUAUUUGAAGAACAGUGCCAAACCCAGGAGCGGUACAGCAAAGAAUACAUAGAAAAGUUUAAACGUGAAGGCAAUGAGAAAGAAAUACAAAGGAUUAUGCAUAAUUAUGAAAAGUUAAAGUCUCGCAUCAGUGAAAUUGUCGACAGCAGAAGAAGGUUGGAGGAGGACCUGAAGAAGCAGGCAGCCGAGUAUCGCGAGAUUGACAAGCGCAUGAACAGCAUUAAACCUGACCUCAUUCAGCUGAGAAAGACCAGAGACCAAUACCUGAUGUGGUUGACUCAGAAAGGUGUUCGGCAAAAGAAGUUGAACGAGUGGCUGGGCAAUGAAAACACGGAAGACCAAUAUUCGCUAGUGGAAGACGACGAGGACUUGCCCCACCACGAUGAGAAGACGUGGAAUGUCGGAAGCAGCAACCGAAACAAAGCUGAAAACCUACUGCGGGGGAAACGAGACGGCACUUUUCUGGUCCGGGAAAGCAGUAAACAGGGUUGCUACGCCUGCUCUGUCGUGGUAGACGGUGAGGUCAAGCACUGCGUCAUCAACAAGACGGCCACGGGCUACGGCUUCGCUGAGCCCUACAACCUGUACAGCUCCCUGAAGGAACUGGUGCUCCACUACCAACACACGUCCCUGGUGCAGCACAACGACUCCCUCAACGUCACACUAGCCUACCCGGUGUACGCGCAGCAGAGGCGAUGAAGGGCCGGCCCUGCCACCUGCUCAAGUUCAACUCUCUGAGGCCUCCGGCAAGCACAGGGCUCCUCCCCAGCCUGACCCGGGACCUGAGCAGCAGACAUGAAGCCGUCUGCCUGCAGAUGGGACUCGAGCUUUCGACAUAACGGCAGUAGGGGAGACAACGCAGCCUCGCACUGGGCAACGGCCGUGUGGUUCUCACCUGGAGUGCUUAGCAUCCCUUUUCCUUUUUUUUUUUUGGUUUGUUUUUCAGUUUAAUUUAAAGCCACAACCACACACGACACAGAAAAAGAAAUGCAAAAAUCUCUGUGUGCAGGGACAAAGAGGCCUUUCACCAUGGUGCUUGUUCAUGCUUUCAGAAGCUUUACCAGCUCAGAAGUCGGGACCUUGGAGACCGGAGCGGGGACGGGCCGCCCAGCCCUGGCCCUGGGGACGCUUGGUCCAGCCUGGGUGUUGCUGUGCACCGUGGCCCCAGACACAUCGCACUGUGGAUUAUUUCAUUUUCUAACAAAAUGAACCGAUAUGUAGCAGAAAGGCACUUCCGCUCAAGAGGAACACUUUGGGGAACGUCGGCUCACGUACGUUCAGAGGAAAUUCUGUUGUAGCAAAGUGCCAGAAAGUGUUUUGUUUAAACUCUUCAAACCAAGACAACCUACCAACAGAAAAAUGGAGCUUGGAAAACAGGACUUCAAAAUGACAUUUAGUAUAUAAAAUAUGUACAUAAUAUUGGAUGACUAACUAUCAAAUAGAUGGAUUUGUAUCAAAACCAAAUAGCUUCUGUUUUGUUGUGCUGAAGGCUAAAGUCACAGUGCUAUGCAAUUCUUUAUUUUCGUUGUUGUUACCUGUUUUCAGUGUACCUUCAGAAUAAGCUUCCCCUUGCCCCAGUUUUUGUUGCUUGAAAAUACUGUCCCUGAUUUUUUUUUGUUAAUAUUCAUUUUGUUAUUCAUUUCCUUUUUUUAAAAAAAGAAGAAAUGUACAGGAUGCCAAUUUAAAAAAAAAUAUGGCUUCAGAAUUAAAACUAUAAAAUAUUUUACAGUUUUUCUUGUACAGAGUACUUGGCUGUUAGCCCAAGGUUAAAAGGUUCAUAACAGAUUUUGGGGGACUAAAUGUUUUGUUGGGCAGUGCCUGAUAAGCUUCAAAGCUGCUUUAUUCAAUAAAAAAAAAAAAAGAGAGAGAGAAAGAUAUAUGAAUAUGACAAAGUAUUGCUGAGUUCAACGACAUUGUUUCAAGACUUAAAAAUACGGUACCUGGGAAUGUUUGUUUCAUAAAGAAUUGUGAACUUCUUGAAUCUAGGGAGGGGGCUGUAGCAAAGGGAUGUACAGGUGGGGUGGGGGGGUGACGAGAUGGCAUGCACUUUCUCUUUCUUGUGAUUACGGAGAAGCGGAUCACUGCAAAGGGAGGUCUUUUCCCACUUGGAUCCGCUGCUUGUUAAAUACCCUGAUGACAAUGACAAACCUACUGGAAGGCCAACACAGUGCCCCUGGCCAGAGAGUUCAUUCCUGAAGAAGGCAGGCAGGAGGGUUCACCCUCCUUGGAAACACUGAUUUCAAGGUGUAUCAUCGCUGCAUUUAGAAAACCUGUCUCCCUCUAGCAUUAGACUACCCAUUUCAACCAACCAACAUCCAUUUUAGAAAAAGCACGAUCUGCAAGGACACUUCUAUCUGGUGGUCUGUUAUCUUCCUAGCUUCCCAUCCAAUUUAGACCAUAGAGCAAGCAGACAUGGCCCUAAGCAUCCCCUCCCUGGGCUGUGAGGAGCUUGUUCAAGUCACGCAGCCACUGUAGGACUCAUAGUAACAGUCCUCAUUCAUCCAAAUAAUUGUGUUACACUUGACAGGGUGGGGGGGGGGGGGAGAGGAAGGGGUGGUUAGAGCAUUCUUUCCUACUUAAGCCAAGAGUGGGAGGCCUCUCUCCUCAAUCGACAUACGCAAAAGCCUUUAUGUCUCACGUUGGGAGGUGUAAAGGAUAAUUAUCACCACGGUCAACGCGCGGGUCAGUGAACACAGAAUCUUACAACUUCAAUUUUCCUUGCUCACAAAUUAGAUUCACCACAGCUUGACUUCUCCUCCCUUCAAAUACUGGGGUAAGGGGGCUUGGUUUUUUGUUUUUUUUUUUUUUUUAACGUUGCUCCUUUUAAAAUUCUUUUGAAAGGAUCAGUCUAGCAGCUGACUUCAACAGUCGAAUUUUUUUUUUUUUCGUUUUUACAUGAAGCUACUCAUAUCAAGAGCAAUAGUCAGUCUUAUAGCCAGACUGUCAGCCUUCAAACUUGACUGUACUGAGUUAUCUGACCCUCUCCCUCUCAUUUCCAGACAACUGAUGAUCUCCCUGGUCUUGGUCCACAAGUGUCUGCUUUCAAACUCUCCUUCCAUAUCUCACACACAAGUCCAAAGGUAACAGUAGUUUAAAAACUAGGUUUGGUGGGUUUGGUUUGUUUUUUGUUGUUGUUGUUUUUUUGUUUUUUUUUUUUUUGGUAGCACAUCCACUUAUGCUAUUAAGAAACUUUAAUUUCUAACAUGUAAGAUCCAAGGUGGAAUAUUUCAUUAAAAAUCUACAGUUUUGUAUCAGUCUUUGCUUCAGCACUUCCCAAGAUGGCAUGGUAUUUAGGCACUUGCCUUAUUUCUGUGUCUCCUGAAGACAACUGUAAUACAUUUUUUUCUUUGAACAGCGAAGGUAGGAUUUGCGGUUUCCUAUCACCGUGAGUUACAUUCUACCCGUGAUGCUAUACCUCUGCCAAAUGCCUUUUUGAGUGUGUCGAACAUGCCCGCCACAUCUGUCCUUGUAGAUGUCUGACCAGCAGGGCUCUGAGUCCAGUCAUUCAUGUCCUAACAACAUUGUCUGAGUGGCUUGUAUGAAUGGAAACAGCAGAGGCACUCCUGAUACAUGCUUAUGACAUCCAUGCAUUGAUUUUCCCCACCCAACGUGGUAUCCUGAAGAUAAAAGCCAAAAGCUAAGCUGCAGGGAGGCUGUGAUAGGGCUGUAGGAGCAUUGGGACCGGCUAUCAUACACGAGGGAGAAGAAGCAUCAUAACCAUGUGGAAAGGAAGAUAUCUUGUGUUUGCAACAUCUGGCAACUUCACAGCCUUGGAUAUAUGUAUAUAUGUAUAUGUGCAUGGACUGUGUUUCCAGUAUACCUUUCAGCCAAAACAGAUCCACAGUCAUUGAGUUCAAGUACUUAACAAGACGAUGUCUAGUACAAUUCUUGUAUAUGCGUAUGGGUUUUGUUUUGUUUUGUUUUGUUUUGAAGUUGCUUUGUUUUGUCUUAUAACGCUGAAUAUUGUGUGCAAGUGAAGUGAGAAGUUCAUAAUUCUUUGGCUUUUUUUGUGUUGUUUAAAAGUUAACUCCUUUGGGGGAGCUGGUCUACAUGGCGUGCUUUAACUUGGAAAUCCUUGUUUUUCAGUGUGUCCAAGUCAAAAUGUGUUUCUGUGAGCUGUUACUGUGGGGAACCAAGUGCUCUGUCAUAUAGCAGGUUAUGAACUAGUAACAUGUCUGGGAAGUCCUACUGAUGUUCCUUAUUGGGAGAAAAAUUCUGCUGGUUCUAACAACUGUGCUUUUGCUAUGCAUGGUAUCCAAGUCAGUUGGAAAGCAGACCCUGAAAUCUGAGUUCAGGGUCACUUAAGAAAGGGGCAGUUUAAAGCACAAUGCCUCACAUGGGACAAAGUUCCGAAACACCAAAUUCUUUAAAAAAAAAAAAUCUAGUUAUUUAAAUUACUAGUAUUAUGAGUCAGGAGGGAGCAGAAUUGGGUUCAUUGGAAACACUAUCCAACUGAAUAUUGAACUUGUCACCAUGAGAUAGCAUUAGCUGCCCAGGAUGCUGCUAUUUAAAAAAAAAAAAAAAAAAAAAAACGGAACAAAACAAAAAAAAAAUUCAUUUAUAUGUGUGUAUUUUUUAAAGCUAUGACCUGUUCAAUGUUUUUACAAAUCUGUUUCUAUGACAUUGUUAAAAUAAAGUUGGUCUUUUGACGAGAGGGAGGAUGUCAUGGUCAGUGGUAAUUUUGCCUUUACAAGGCACCUGGGGUGGGGGGCGGGGGGACUGUGCCUCCUUGACAUUUGUUCAAGCUCUAGAUUCAGUGGAGCUAUGUCUUGUUGUUCUAAGUUGCUUUAAUGCAUUGUAUUAGGUCUUCAAACAGAAUAAAGGUUGUUUUGAAACUUAA